AUGCCGAUCAGGUCGCCGACGGCGGCAGUGGGGCCCUGGCCGUGCUUGACGACAGUGUAUUGGAGGGUGGAGGCGGCCGCGGUAGAGAUUUCGGCGGCGACCAGCGAGCCUGCGGCGGAGGCCACGGCGGCCAGGACAACGCGGCGGGAGAAGCGUUUCGCGGGCGACGCUGGGGCGGCCGCGGGCGUGGUCAUGGAAACUGCCGGGCGUGAGCGGGACCGGGAAGCAUGGCGGGCCGCUGCCGGGAAGGGAGUCGGGACGAAGGCCAUUGCGGGCGGGACGGUAGCGGGAUGGUGGCGGGAUGGUGACGGGACAGUGGCUGGACGAUGGGUGAGGAGCUCAUGGUGCGGGGGGGGGGAGAGAGGGAAGAGGAAGGAGAUCGUGGGGAGGUGUCCAUUCGCUUAG